AUCAAGCAAGAGAAGCCCAGCGAGCAGGAGGAGGAGGAGCAGCAGCCGCAGCACCAUCACCACUACGGGGGGCUCUUCGGGGGAGCGGGGGAGGAGAGGCCCCCCGGCCUGGGGAGCAGCAGCGGGGAAGGAACCGGCCAGAGUGUGAUUCAGGACCUCAGCCUUCUUCACCACCUGCACCAGCAUCCCCACCGAGACCUGUUACUGAGUGGCAGAGGUGAGGGCGCCCCUGGGAGCUCGGGUGAGCCAAAGCACGAUGCCCAGGUCAAGAAGGCAAAGAGGCCAAAGCCAGAAACUCAGGGAAUCAAAGCCAAGCGGAAGCCAAGCACUUCCUCCAAACCCCCCCUGGUGGGAGAUGCGGAAGGUGCCAUUGCGUCCCCCAGUCAGAAACCUCAUGUCUGCGAACACUGCAGCGCUGCCUUCAGGAGCUCCUAUCACUUGCGCAGGCAUGUGCUCAUUCACACAGGGGAGAGGCCUUUCCAGUGCAGCCAGUGCAGCAUGGGUUUCAUCCAGAAGUACUUGCUGCAGAGACAUGAGAUGAUCCACAGUAGGGAAAAGCCUUUUGGGUGCGACCAGUGUAGUAUGAAGUUCAUCCAGAAGUACCACAUGGAAAGACACAAGAGGACGCAUAGCGGAGAAAAGCCAUACAAAUGUGACACUUGUCAGCAGUAUUUUUCAAGGACUGAUAGACUGUUGAAGCACAGAAGAACAUGUGGUGAAGCCAUAGGUAAAGCAGGUGCUGGAAUGGAGCCCGGAUCAUCAAAUAACAUGGGUAGCUUGGCUGCGUUGUCUCAGGGAAAUACAAGUUCCUCAAGGAGAAAAAGUAAAACAAAAAGUAUAUCCACUGAAAACAAAGGAAAUAAGUGUAGCAGCAAAGUAACUGAAUCUCAAGUUACAAGUAAUGUGGCCAUGCCAAAUUAUGCAGUUGAUAUUCCUAUCGUGUCUUCCAGUGGUGGUCUAGUUGGCACGGGCAUAGAAGAACUUCAGAAAAAGGUGCCAAAAUUGGUCUUGAAAAAAGGAAGCAGAAAACAGGCAGAUAAAAAUUACCUUAAUUUUGUAUCACCACUGCCAGAUAUUCUGGGGCAGAAACCACUGUCCGGGAAACAGAGUGGCUCUCUAGGCCUAGUAGCCAAUACUGGUGUAGAAACUAUUGGCCUUCUCCAAAGUACAGGUGGUAAGCCAGGUCAAAUAAGUAGCAAUUAUGAUGAUGCCAUGCAGUUUUCAAAGAAAAGAAGAUACUUACAAACUGCAAGCAGUAACAGUGCCUUUUCAAUUAAUGUCGGACACAUGACUUCCCAGCAGUCCGUUAUCCAGUCUGCAGGUGUUAGUGUUAUGGAUAAUGAAGCUCCAUUAUCUCUUAUUGAUUCAGCAUCGUUAAAUAGUGAAAUAAAGUCUUGCCACGACAAGUCUGGUAUUCCUGAUGAAGUCUUACAGAGCCUUUUGGACCAGUACUCUCACAAAUCAGAAGGCCAGAAAGAAGAUCCUUUCAGUAUCACUGAACAGCGUGUGGACUUGCACACCUCAGGAGAACAUUCAGAGAUGGUUCAGGAAGAAAACUUGAGCCCUAACUCUCAAACAGUUUCAAAUGAUAAGGCAAGCAUGUUGCAAGAAUACUCCAAAUACCUCCAACAAGCCUUUGAAAGAACAACCAAUAGCACUGGUUUUGCUUUUGGACCCAGUUUCCAAUUUGUUAGCUUAUCUUCAACUCUCCAUAACCACACUCUGUUUCAAGACAAACAGAUAUACACUACAUCUCCACUUGAGUGUGGCUUCAGCCAAUCCGUUACCUCAGUAUUGCCAACUGCAUUGCCAAAACCUCCGUUUGGGAUGUUGCUUGGAUCUCAACCAGGCUUUUAUUUGUCUGCUUUGGAGGCUACGCAUCAACAGUUGACUCCUUCUCAAGAGCUGGAUGAUCUCAUUGAUCCGCAGAAAAACUUGGAGACUUCAUCUAACUACCAGUCAACAUCUCAGAAACUGACUGGCCAGAAGGAACAGAAAAACUUAGAAUCAUCAACGAGCUUUCAGAUCCCGUCUCAGGAGUUAACUAGCCAGAUAGAUCCUCAGAAGGACAUAGAGCCUAGAGCAACCUACCAGAUCGAGAACUUUGCACAAGCGUUUGGUUCUCAGUUUAAGUCGGGCAGCAGGGUGCCAAUGACUUUUAUCACUAACUCUAAUGGAGAAGUGGACCAUAGAGUAAGGACUUCAGUGUCAGAUUUCUCAGGGUAUACAAAUAUGAUGUCUGAUGUAAGUGAGCCAUGUAGUACACGAGUAAAAACCCCAACCAGCCAGAGUUACAGGUAAGGUCCCAACUCUGACCAGGCUGUGGGGUUUUCUUAAUGUAAUUUUGUUUUACUUUGACAACACUGCCAUUGGAAUGUUUCUACACGGUCCUAUUAAGAAUAAUGUAACAUGCCCUUUCAAUGCAACUUUUCAUAUUUAGUUUAUUUUGUUAGUGUGAUUUUUUUAGAUCUGUUUAUUAUGGGUUUUAAUCAAAAAUCAAUAGAUUAAAAUAGUGUUUUUGUUCAAGUGACAACGUUUAGCAAUCAAAUUUACAUUAUAUAGAUUGUCAGGGAAUAGCCCAAAAGUUUAAAAUGCAAAAAAUUAACUUUGUUCCUACAACUAAGGUUUAUUCUAAUUGCUUUACUCUCAGGAAAGUGUAACGAAGCAUGGGAAUUCUAUGCACCACUAGUGUAUUGGAACUUCCAAUUUACAGAUAGUGACAAAUAUAUCUCAGCUUUUUGAGGAAGGGAUCUAUGACAUUUCAAAUUGCUGUCUCUUAUGUCUGGGCUGAUCUGAAAGAAUUUUGCUACCUAAAUCUCGUUGUUUUUUGAAGUACUCCUGUUCUUCCAGGUGAUGCUCAUUCCAGGCAGGUGGAGCAAAAAUUCUUGGGUCUGUAGGAAGAGCCCAGAAUGGUAGCUUUAAUAUAAACAAUAAUGUCCCCAGAACUCCUAUGUAAGACUGUAAUUCCGUAAAGAGAUUCUGUUGACACAAACCGUGAGAACAAAAUGUGUGUGUCUGGUUCAUGUCAUUAGAACCGCAACUUGAAACUACAGUCAUAAUCCAGAUACACUUUUGGGAUACGUUAUUUAUUAUACAUGGUUCAAAAAAGUCAGUCUUUUGCUCUUCCCCUUUUC